AUGACGCCAGUACAUAAAAUUGUCAACGGCGUUCACGGUGGUACUGGUGGUCUUGUCAACGGCAAUGACGGUGGUACCAAUGGUACUGUUAACGGCGUUCACAGCGGUGCUCAUGGUUCUAUUAACGGCAUACACGGCGGUAAUAGUGAUCAUGUCAAUAGUCCUCAACAUCCGGUUCAGGACAACGCAACUUUCAUCACUGACCUAGAUGGGGUCGAUCAACCUCGGCUUGAGCCUAUUGCUGUCAUUGCUUUUUCUCUCAAGUUCCCGCAAGAUGCCACCUCACCUGAAAUUCCUUCCAAAGGCGGUCAUUUUCUGGAAGAGCCUCUUGGCAAUUUCGAUGCGCCGUUCUUUUCCAUAACACCGACCGAGGCUGCAGCCAUUGACCCACAGCAUCGCCUGCUUCUUGAGACUGCCUACAGAGCCUUCGAGAAUGCAGGCAUAUCUAUGGAGAAGGCGUCGAACUCAAAAACCUCGGUUUACACCGGUUGCUUGGCAGACGACUGCAGAUUAGGAAUUUUCAAAGAUCCUGACAUGCUUCCGACAUACAGUGCCACCUGGAUCGCGGUCGCCAUGCUCGCUGCCCGGCUAAGUUGGUUCUUCAAUCUCACCGGCCCAUGUGUGAAUUUGGAUUCUGCCUGCUCCAGCAGCAUGAUGGCUCUUGACCUCCCAUGUCAGGGAUUACGCAACAGAGACUCAAAUAUGGCCCUCAUGGAGACACCAUCCGCAGCCAUUCGAUCUACAGGAUCAAACCAGGAUGGCCGUACUCCAGGCAUCACACAACCGAAUCGUGAUGCCCAGGAAGUUUUGAUCAACGAAACGUACGCAAAGGCUGGGCUGGACAUGCAGACUACAAGAUACGUCGAAGCGCAUGGUACCGGAACAGCAAUUGGUGACCCAAUUGAGGCCAGCGCAAUCGGGCUGGCAUUCAGAAAAUAUCCUAGCGCUGAAGAGCCAAUGUACAUCGGUGCUAUGAAAUCCAACAUAGGUCAUCUUGAAGGUGCAAGUGGAGUCGCCGGUGUCAUCAAGGCGAUCCUGAUUUUAGAAACCGGUGUUAUUCCCCCUAAUGUUAAUAUUGAACAUCUGAACCCGGAUAUUGAUGCGGAUUAUCUGAGGCUGAAGUUCCCUUUACUUACGUCUCAGCAAUCUUGCUGGAAACCAUUGGACAAUGAAGGUGGCUUGGCACGUCUUGCAGAUUCAUAUGAUGCGCACAUAUCAGAGUUGACUUCGUCCUUGAGCCCCACGGAAGCAACAGCAUUUCUUUCGAACUUGGCCUACACGCUAGCCAACGAGAUCCAGCAGAGCGGUUACUGGGUUAAAAAUUUGACCUCGCCAGUCAUGUUCUCGGAUGCAUUAGCGCAAAUGUGUUCUGAAAAGAACUCAGAGGCAAAAUUGGAGACGAUCGAACUUUAG